CGUGUACUGUGACAUGGACACAGCAAAUGGACCCUGGACGGUAAUACAAAACAGGCAAAAUGGCGACGAGGAAUUCUACAGACCUUGGGCUGACUAUAAAACAGGCUUUGGUAACCUCCGUGGAAAUUUCUGGCUGGGAAAUGACGCAAUUCACCACCUCACCUCCACAGAGUCCAUUCUCCGUAUUGAAUUGGUCUCAUGGCUAGGUGAUGCUGCUUAUGCCCAGUAUUCAACGUUCAGAGUUGAAAACGAGACAGAAAAUUACAGACUGAAUAUAUCCGGGUUUUCUGGUAACGUCUCACAAAAUAGUAUGGCCACUCACAACGGAAUGUCAUUCUCGACAUACGACAGAGAUAACGAUCGUAACAGUCAGCACUGUGCCCAGAAAUACAAUGGCGGAUGGUGGUAUAACAGUUGUUACGACGCGAAUCUAAACGGCGCUGUAUACAUGCCUGGCGAGGGUAACUUGAAAUCGCUGGUCUGGGAUUUCUUUUACCAAGAUAUAGAUCGCUCUCAUAUGAUGACGACAAGGAUGCUUGUGAAACACUCAUAUUAACUGAAAGCGGUCAUCUUGUUCUAUUUGUUAUUAGCUCACCGGGUCCGAAGGACCAAGGUGAGCUUAUGCCAUACCGUG